AUUGUUCUUUGACAGCUGCUGCAGAGGCUGCAGGGCUGUCAGAGCGGUUGGGAGUGACAGCAAGGUGACUGAGGAGAUGCUCUAUAAAUUGUUAGCGCAGUCCCAGCGGCGCCACAGAGCUGGACAUCAGCCGAAAGGUUUCUGCGCCACUUUAGUGUGCACUGCGCAUCCACAGGCCGUCGGAGUGAUGGCCGCGAAGGCGGAACUCUCAAGCUGGCCAGAGUACUCGGAGGACUUCUCCCUGCUGCAGCAGCGCAACCUGGCUGUCAUCCACUCCAAGACUUGGAUUUCCUCGAAUUCACUCCGUGCGUUCUCAAGGAGAGACGCAGCCGCAGAGUCAACUCUUAAAGCUGCGCCGGUGACUAAACUCCUUCAGUGCGCGUCCACUCCGAGCGUCACAGAAAGCAGCCCCGAUAAUGAUGCAGCCAAGACCAGCAGCUUCGGUCCUCAGAGACACAGGCGCGUCGCGGCAAACGCGCGGGAGAGGAGGAGGAUGCACGGCCUGAAUAAAGCCUUCGACGAGCUGAGGAGCGUCAUUCCAUCGCUGGAAAACGAGAAAAAGUUGUCCAAGUAUGACACCCUGCAGAUGGCCCAGAUUUACAUCACGGAGCUGUCUGAGCUGCUGUCCGGCGUGGUGCACGAAGAGUGCAUGAGUCCGCGCUCAGGCGCGGCGGAGAAGACCUCCAGGAGGAGCUUUUCGCGCUCCAUAAGGCCAGCAGGAGAGGAGGGAGACCCAUCCGCUCCUUUUAACCAGCUCCUCAUCCUCGGACCAACGGCGGACUUUGGGCCAGAUGUUUCAGGACUUUCUUCCAAUAGCAGCGAUGGGGAAUCCUCGCAUCUCAGUGACAUGGAGGAGGCUCAGGGCGGGAGGCACUGACAGAAACUCAUCACAUGCUCUCAAAAGUGUCUGCAGACAGAGGAGAACCUCAUCCACCCAACCUCACCUGCCAUUUACAAUAGAUUAGAUGUAGUGUUUAAUUCUAAAAUACUGCAGGUAACUCAACUCAGAACGGUGUACUUCCAAUUACCUUUUUGAAUGCACUUUAACAGUAGCUGCUGGCAAAAUCCAGUCAUUUGAUAGAUUAUACCCUUGAUUCAAAAACAAGUAUUUUUCUAUUUAUGUUUAUCCAAUUUGUAAGGGAUGUUCUGCUAUAAUAAAUAUAUAAUUAUGGUAUAAA